ACGGGAGCACGGGACUGACGGGGUGUCCUGUGGCGGAGCUCGGGACGGUGCUCUGGCUCUCGGCUCUUUAUAUCUACGGGUUUUAUUUCACUUCUCCUGGUCUCGGGACUCCCCUGGUUAGACAUGCUGGAGAGCGGGGUGUGGAGCGAGUGCGCGCGCUGACCCGGCGGUUUAUCCUCGCGCGCGCUGUGCUGUUCGGAGUUCAGCAGCGGGUCUAAUGGCUCCCGGCGGCGGGAAGAAGAAGCGCGUCCGCUUCGCGCGCGCGGAGGAGGAGACGCUGUUCGAGCAGCGCGCGGAGAACCGCGACCACCAACCGCAGCUGCGCGUUGAGCGAGGAGGACAGGGCUCGUGCGGCCGAUGGAUGGUUACCGUGACACUGUGCACCUCGUUCCUGGGACUGGGAAUGUGCAUCUCUGUUUUGGGGCCAACAUUGGAGGAUUUGGCCAAAAAUGUGAAUAAAAACAUUAGCAACAUCUCCUACAUUUUUGCUGGCCGUGCCACAGGUUAUAUUGGGGGGUCCCUGUUGGGGGGAAUCCUUUUUGACUUCGUCAACCCUCAUCUACUGCUGGGUUUUUCCAUGCUGGUGACGUCGUUUGGGAUGUUUGCAAUUCCGUUCUGUAAAAAAGCUCUGAUACUCACCGUCCUCGUGUCCAGUGUGGGCGUGACCAUGGGCAUCCUCGACACAGGUGGGAAUGUGUUGAUCUUGAACACAUGGGGUGACCAGUCUGGACCUCAUAUGCAGGCACUCCAUUUCACCUUUGCUGCCGGGGCCUUCGUCUCGCCGAUUGUCGCCAAGAUGCUUUUUGGCCAUGAGCCCGUUUCUGACCAGAAUGCAUCUGUGACUGUUGAAGCCGCCACUAACAAUUCUAAGGCGGUCACAUCAGUUUUGCACUUUUUCCACAGUAAGGGAUUCGUGCAGAUGUCCAUGUGGGCUUACAUUGUCAUUGGUGCCUUUGUCAUGCUGGCAUCAAUGUUGUUCUUCAUUCUCUGCUCCCGAAGCCCCUCAUCAGCGGAGAAAACGUCCUCGACUUCGGGGAAACAGCUCAUCGCCAAACACCACAUUGUGCUGAUCGUGCUGCUGUCCUUAUUUUUCUUCUGGUACGUCGGUGCCGAGGUGGCGUACGGUUCCUUCAUCUUCAACUAUGCCAAGAACUACGUGGGUAUGAGUCAGACCCAGGCCGCUGGGAUGAACUCGCUCUUCUGGGGCUCGUUUGCAGCCUUCCGCGGCUUGGCGAUCAUUUUCGCUACCUGCGUCUACCCGGGCACGAUGAUCCUGCUCAGCCUGGUUGGCUGCACCAUAUCCGCUCUGUUACUGGUCCUAUUUAGUCGCCAUGAGGUGGCGCUGUGGUGCUGCACGGCUCUUUAUGGAGCAUCAAUGGCGACCACAUUCCCCAGUGGGAUCUCCUGGGUGGAGCAGUACACGGUAGUGACUGGAAGGUCCGCUGCAGCGUUCGUGGUUGGGGCAGCACUUGGUGAGAUGGUACUUCCUGCUUCAGUGGGUUUCCUGCUGGAUCGAGUGAAGGAUCAGCCAGUACUGAUGUAUUUGGCUCUAAUAACUGCCACCGUCACCUCAAUCCUCUUCCCUGUCAUGUACAAACUCGCAUCACCAGGCGGGGGCGCUGCACUGAGGAAGCCUCGAGCCAGAGGCAGAGGUGAUGCAGAUGAAAGCGACCGGCAGGCAUUGCUCGAUUCCGCCGGCAAUGAUGAUGAGGAGGCGGAGCCGGAGGAAGAAAGUGGUGGUGGUUUGGAAGCUGACCAAUGGAACGAUGCAGACUUUGAGGUGAUCGAGAUGGACGACACGAGCCUCGUUAACUCACCAAGUAAGGUCAGGACAUCUCCACCUGACGCUUCGUUCAGCUCCCAGAGCGCUCCAUCUUCCUCCACCACUGCAGCCGACAGCCCCCGUCUCAUCGCACCGGACAACACUAUCACCUUCCUGACUGACUCCCCACGGCGCAAACUGAUGCUCGACCGGGAGAAGAACGACUAAAGCUUAAGAAAAUUAGCCAAUCAGCAGUCAGAACCAGUGGUGGCGUAUCUUACUGGAUCUGUUUUGGCUCUGAAUGGAUAGUUCUGAUGAUCUGUUAAGGCUAAUUUUCUCACUGUGCUGGUAAAGCUAACUGAAACCAUCCCAUAAUCAAUUAGGUUGUCCCUAAUUAAAAUACGUCUGUAUGACAGAGUCUGGCUCCAAGCCUGAAAGAAUAUUUAAUCACUGCAGUGUGUAUAUACAUAUGUGCGUGUGGACUGAGCACAAGACCGCUGCCCCUUGCCUUGUUUCAGAGGUACUGCACCUGUUUAUUCUCUAAAGAUCCUGAUUUGCUGAUCCUGCAUGACCAAAAAAAGCUAAUUAAAUGUAAAACAAAUCAAAUCAGCUGUUCUGGUAAGAGAACAAUCACAAAAUCUGUUAUUUCAACUUUUUUUUAUAGGAAUUAACAAUUUCAAUGGCUUUGCAUUUCAUCAUUUCUAUAGAUCAGUUCAUCAAGAUGUUCCUGUAGUGUCUGAAGUAAAACAAAUUAAGUCAAUAAGUUUGCCUGGACAUAGAUGAUGUUGUCCUGCUCCAGUUGUACUGUAGCUUUUCGAGCCAUAUUUCCCUUCUCUUCUUCUUCAGCAUCAUCCUGAUGUUUUCAAGUACUUUGAGAACCUUGUAGACAGAUGACUGCACAGCCACAAAACACAGACAAUGAGCAAAAUAAGUAAAGAAACAAUCAUCUAACAACAGAUGUUAAUAAAUGUGUAUUUAUAAUGCUGAGUCUUGGGCAGCUGCUGUGAUUCUUAAAUCAGGUGUAAAGGUUAAAGAGAUAGUUAGACUGUUGUGGAUCAGCCAAUACAGUAAAGCCCCUUCUGGAUGGGAUUAGUUUCUCUGGGGGACUUCUGUGAAAAAUAUUUCACACUUUCACUCAGUAAUAAAAAUCUUGCAUCUGGAUUACAAUUAAAAACAGGAGAGUUUAUUGGUCACGAGAUCUGAGAAAAAAACGUACAUGGUCGUUCCAGACGGGAAUAAAAUCACAGAGCAGCCCCCCAUAAAAGAGGAAUUUACCCCAGGACCCCCUGAAAAAGUAAUCCCGUCCAGAUAGGGUUAAGAUGAGGUUAAUGUAGUUAGCUAACAAGCAGUAAAACUCACCCCUCACCAACUAGCGUGAUGCUAGCAAUUCCACCUUACCUGGAGUGACAGUUUCACAUUGGCAGCUGAACAGUGAUGAGAAAACCAUUGUACUGAAACUGCAGCUGUGUUAAAGUGAAACAGAAAAAAAUUAUAAAAAUUAUUCAAAUUUAAUUUUAGCCUUGUCACAUAGGCUAAAAUAGGUGGCUCACCAUUUAAGGUGAACUGAAAUUUUGGAAAUAGGUGGCUCACCAUUUAAGGUGAACUGAAAUUUUGAAUGAGAAACCGGUUGCUCACCAUUUAAGGUGGAACUGGAAUUUUGAACGAAAAACUGGUGGCUCACCAUUUAAGGUGGAACUGGCUUUUUAAACGAGAAACUGGUGGCUCGCCACUUAAGGUGGAACUGUAACAUUACAUUUGAACGAUAAACUGGUGGCUUACCAUUUAAAGAGGCACUAAACCAUAUUUUUUCCAUUAAUAGCUGAAAUGUGUUCCUUCGAAGUAAUAAAACAUACCAGUCCUCCUAAAAAAAAGAAGUAUGACCAUUUUCUAAUCUUUAAAAUUAAUCUUGGUCAUUUCCAUCUCUGCAGCGCCCUCACAGGUUCAACUGUGCUAUAGGCGAGGAUGAUGUUUCCGUGUCAUCUUGGUCUCACUCAUAGAUUGUGUAUAGAUGGACAGAGCAUCGUCUCUCAAAGGUGAAGCCACCACAGGUCGGGCGCCCCCUGCUGUUCGGUUUCAGAAAGCUGUGUAACCCCACAAUGAGUAGGCUGUCUCUCCACAGCCUUUCUCUCUCCUCUGGUCUCUGCUGGGCAGAAUCGGGUGUCAGGAUCGCCAACAUGGCAGGAGAUUUUGUCUUCAUUUUCAUUGAAUGAAUGGGAACGGCAACACGACGUCCAUCUUUUUUUACUGUCUCUGGUCUCAUCAGAGGCACACUGCUGCUGCUGCAGCUCAGCCAAUCAGCUCUCCCUCCUGCCCCGCCUCUAAACCCAUACAUCACCCAGUGCCCCUCUCAAACUACCCCUCCCUUUUUUUUUUUAAAGCCUUUUUAAAAUUUGAGCUGAGGGUGGUGUCAGCUUAAAUCAGGGGGUUUAGUGCUGCUUUAAGGUGGAACUGAAGUUUUGAAUCAGAAACUGGUGUUUUGCCAUUUAAGGUGGAAGUGAAAAUUUGAACUACAAACAGUUGGCUCACCAUUGAGGGCGGAAAUUAAAUUUUAUUGAGAAACUGGUGGGUCACCAUUUAAGGUGCAACUGAAAUAACAAAUUAGAAGACUCUCUGUAUCUCUACUACAAACAAACUGAAGGCCAGAACAAAGUUAAAUACAGUUGUAGCAUCUUGACUGUGUCUAUGUUUACAGAUAGCAGUGAAACAUUCAGUAAAAGAAACUACAUAGAGUCUAUUAGAGAUUUCUGAAGGACACUUUUUAAGGAGAGUGUUUAGUGUUAAGAGCUGAUUGGUGAGGCUUGAGCUUUCUUUGUUUUAGCUCUAUUAGCUUUACUUUUAGCUUGGCUGACCAACAACACCUAACUUAAGAUGGGAGAAGUGUGUAAAUGUUAAACAGUUUUUGCUGAACUCCUUUAAACUACCCUGUGGGUGGGUUUUUGAGUAGUUGAAUGUUAAAAAGCUCUUUUGAUUGUUGGGUGUUUCCCUGUGUGUCAAGGUUUUUAUGAAGUUUGCUUUUGGGGUAGAUAAGCACUUUUUUAGUGAAGGAUGUAUUCAGUUUGAUUCAGCCGUUUUACAGACAAAAAUAAAGCACUACAUUAAUCACCUGUACGGGUCAGGUUUGAUGUAUUGAAGGUGUGUUUAUGAUUUAUUGAGAUUUGAUUGUUUUAUUGUGUGUAUUAUUUUAAUCAUGCCGUUUUCUGUAUCUGCUUUAGCGCUCUCUCCGCUUUAAACCCUGUGUGGUGUUUACUCUCAGCUUGUCCUGUCUGGUGGAAAUAUAAGCCUUUUGCACUUUACCUAAAUCUCUGAAGAUGUUUUAUUUUAAACUGCCAAAUGACGACGUAAGAAACCUUUAACUGUGUAUUAAAAUAAUCCUGUUUGAAGUUAUUGAUUGUCAAAUGUCUGAUUUUCAUUUUCUAAUAAAUUA